UGCCUCCUAGUUCUCCAGAUUCAUCUGUUUUACUCCAAAGAGUAAGCUCCAACACUACUCCUGAUUUUGCCUGUAAACAAUCCCAGCAAUUACCAAGGCGUACUAUGCCGAUACCUUGUACGACACAAGUCCCAGAUUCCGUUGUCCGAUUCCAUACUCAUCCAGUGGGUCCCGACCAGUGCUGCUCCGCCUUGAUCCAGCGGAUUUCCGCCCCCGUCUCCACCGUAUGGUCAGUGGUCCGCCGCUUCGACAAUCCGCAAGCAUACAAGCACUUCGUCAAGAGCUGCCACGUCAUCGUAGGGGACGGUGAUGUCGGCACUCUCCGCGAGGUUCGCGUGAUCUCGGGCCUUCCAGCUGCGUCCAGCACGGAAAGGCUCGAGAUCCUCGACGACGAGCGCCAUGUCAUCAGCUUUAGCGUAGUCGGUGGAGACCACCGACUCGCGAAUUACCGUUCCGUCACCACGCUCCACUCGGAACCGUCUGGUGACGGGACGACCAUCGUCGUUGAAUCGUUCGUUGUUGAUAUACCACCUGGUAAUACUAGAGAUGAAACGUGUGUUUUCGUUGAUACCAUCGUCAAAUGCAACCUCACAUCGUUAUCGCAGAUCGCAGUUAACUUGAACAGAAGAAAAGAUUCUUGAAAUAUAGAAUAUAUUUACAAAACUGAUCGAUAACUGAUCGAUGAUGCUUCUGAUGAUGAUCUUUUAAGCGAUGAUUUUUUUGGGGGUUGCAAUGGUCUGAAAAUCGUUGCACCUUUUCAGAUCAUGUGCGUAUUAUAAUCUCCUGGUUGUCAUCACUUGUUGAAGAUAAGUUCUUGGUUAAAUCUUGUGUUACGGAAUUAAUUUCAUUCUCUUUAUAUUAAGUACUUGGUUCUUUUUUUUUUGCCUCAUUGCUCUAUGUUUUAACUUUGUCUGUGUAUUUGUGCAAAAUAAAAAGGAUUCAGAGGGCAAAAUUUUCUCAAA